AAAAUUUUCCCUUACUAAUUUCAUAAAAUUAUUUCACUCUCUCAAUUCUCACUUCUCAAAAAUUGAAAAAAGAAAAAAAAAAGGAAGAAUCAACAUUUUCUGACUACCACUCUAACGGCUGCGCCGCCACUCACCGCCGGCCGUCGCACCCACACUUCGCACGAAACCGAUGAUCUUGAGCGGCAAAGAAGAGUGAAUUAACAAUUAGGAAAAAAGAGACCUAAAUGGCGGCAGAAAUACCGAGCUCGCACACUUCGAUUCCUCCAACCCGCUUCCCCACCCACCACGGCGCCGCCGACGUCCAUCCCCAAGCCCGAAUCCUCUGCGAUAUCGUCGCCACGGCGCCGGCGCACGAGGUCGAGGCUCGUCUCGCCUCCAGUCUAAUCGAGCCCGAGCCCGAAUUCAUUCAACAAGUCCUCAAGCACUCGUACAACUCCCCUUCCGCCGCCGCCAAGUUUUUCCGGUGGUCCGGGCUGGAGCGCAGUCACACUCCAUACUCGUGGAAUCUCAUGGUGGAUAUGCUGGGGAAGAACAAGCUCUUCGAUCCUAUGUGGGAUGCCAUUCGGUCUAUGAAGCAAGAGGGCUUGCUUUCGCUGACGACGUUCGUUUCAGUUUUUGAGAAUUAUUGCAUUGCAGGGAGGAUUGAUGAUGCUGUUAUGACUUUCGGUGUCUUGGAGAGGUACGGGAUCCAACCAGAUACCGUCGCAGUAAAUUCUUUACUGAGUGCCAUAUGUAGAGAAGAUAACCGAAUUGGAAAAGCACUUGAGUUCUUUGAGAGAGUAAAAGGUAAGAUACCUCCAGAUGCUGACUCAUAUGCGAUUUUGUUGGAAGGGUGUGAGAAGGAAGGGAAUGUAGCCAAGGCAAAAGUUACUUUUGGAGAGAUGGUUAUCCGUGUUGGUUGGAGCCCAGAAUAUAUGUAUGCUUACGAUGCACUUCUAAAUACUCUUGUUCGCGGAGCACAGGGUGACGAGGCAAUUAAGUUCUUGCAAGUGAUGAAGGGGAAGAAUUGCUUGCCAGGUUUGAGAUUCUUCUCUAAUGCACUUGAUAUAUUUGUGAAGCAGAAUGAUUCUGCUCAUGCUAUAUUGCUGUGGGACAUCAUGGUUGGAAGUGGGCUGAUACCUGAUUUGAUGAUGUACAAUGUCAUAAUCAGUUUGCUUACCAGCAACAAUGACAUUGACAACGCCUUUCGUUUACUUGAUGAAAUGGCGUUCCAUGGCGCUUUUCCUAAUUCUUUGACAUAUAAUAUGAUUUUUGGAUGUUUGAUCAAGAAUGGAAAGGUACGUGAAGUGGGAAAGUUCUUUAUCGAGAUGAUCAAGAAUGAGUGGGAUCCAACCCCUGCAAAUUUUGCUGCUGCCAUCAAGAUGUUGUUUGAUGGUGAUGAUCCUGAGAUGGCAAUUGAGCUUUGGAAAUAUAUGGCUAAAAACAACAUCUCGCCCCGUGAUGAUAGUGGCAAUGCCGUGCUUCUUGGUUUAUGCAACCUGGGAAGGUUAUCGGAAUUAAGAAGGUUUGUAGAGAAGAUGAUUGAUGAAAGAAUUAUAAUCUCUGAGUCUACGAUGACAAAAGUGAAGAAUGCUUUCUACAAGGAGGGAAAAUGUGCACGUGAAAUCUAUGACACUAUCUCAAGGAAGUGGAAAUCUUCCUGUCUCCAAGCUUGAAGAUUUUAGGCAACUUUCUGUGUGGUUCAUAGUAGUUAUGGUAUGCAGUUAAUUUAAAACUCCGAGCAUCUUGUGAUUUAACCCCCCAGAUGCUUUGCCUUACUAAUUUUUAGUUAUCUCUUUCCUAGUGGAAAUAUAUGACCACUAACUCAAGGAAGUGAAUAUCUUCCCGUCUCCAAGCUUGACUGUAAAAUGCAGUAGGCGAUUUUCUAUGUGGUUCAUAGUAGUUGUGCUAUUGUCUAUUGAUAAUUGAAAAUCUCUGAGCAUCUCAUGCUCUGGCCUCUAGAUGUUAAAUACAUGUCUUUUCCUUCUUCAUUUUAGUUUCUCCUUCCUAGUAAAACUCUCUAUUUUAUUGAAAAAUAGUGAAAAACAUAAUAUUUUCAUGAUUUUUCUACUCUUGUCACAUGUUCUGUAGGGUGGAUAAUUUUCCCCGGACAGUAUGAAUUUUUUUUCCGGGCAGCCCCAUUUUCCUGCAUUUUCACUCCAAUUCAUGAUGAAUAUUAUCAUGGGUUAUUGAUGUGAUAAUAUUUUCCUAUAUCAUCCGCCCUAGAGAACAUGGGGUAAAAAAGGUGGGGGCCACUAAAAUGUGAUAAAUUUUUUCCAUAUUUUCUCUUUUUUUGAGGCAUUUUUUUCCAUAUUUUCUUAACCCUCAUUUUCAUAUGAUGAAUUUGCAGCCAAAGAGAACACACCCUUAAACAUAUACAUAUCCAGUUUAUAGUAUUUUCUUCAUUAUAUUAGUAACAGAUUCGCUGCGGUUUGGAUGAAAGCAAUGUUGUCCUCUGCCUCUUUGUUGGAUUUGGUUAAACUGGUAUUGGGAUCUGAUCAAUUUAUGGUGUAUUUCCCACAAAUCUACGAUUUUAUACAUUCCUUAUGCCUUGCCAAUGGGUAGAUAUUUACUUUUAGAGUGCAAAGUAACUGAAAGAAACAGUUUUUCCACCUCUGUCUUUUUGUCAUCUAGCUAAUACUUGUAUUAGUCCAUUUCCUGCUGACUUAUGAUGAAUAUAUGAUCGUUAGCUUUUGAAUUUUCGUCUUCUUUGUUCGAAUCAAGCCCUUUAAACCUACCAUCAGAGAUUAGUACCACCUUCAGCUGUCAAUCUUCUUCAUGUAUUUUGGCCAAUACAACCCACCAUUCUCGAUGGAUAUGGCGCUGCCUCUUCUUUUCAUAGUGAAGACCAAAUUGCAGCUAGUGAAUAUAUUAAAGCUCUGGCAUAAGGUGUUCAAUGGUUUCUUGCACACACGAACAGAUUUUGCUGCCCCUAAAUGUUAGGAUGCUUGAUAUUUAACUAUCAGUUCAGUAAGAGUGUACUUCCAGUCCUGCUGUAGAGAUGAAUUGCCGUAUGAUGGAUCUCACUGAAGACCGUGAUCUUAGAAGUCCAUAUCUGUAAGUUGAUUACUCGUAUUGUAUGAAAUCAGUAUACUGCAUUCUUAUUUCUUACACACAGGAAAUUUCAUUGUCCUUGUGUAAUACCGUAAAUCCUCUUUAUAAUUGGGCAGCUAGAAUCUUCGCUGAUGGUGUGAGAUUCUAGAUGUGGUUCUCACCGCACAGUCUGGUGUUUUGUGGCUCACAUACUUCUUUCUUGAUUUUGUUUUUGUCAAUUCCAUCUGUUACCAAGUCUGAAAUUCAACAGUUGGGCUGAAGGUUAACUGCUGGAGAUCGAGCAACGGAGUUAUUUAGCUCCACUCACAUAUCAACUUGAGGAUUCUUGCGGCAAAAGGUCUGUGAGAAACUUGAGGUUAGAGUCAUGAAAAUGAAGGUGGCAUCGUGAUCUUCAUCGGGUACAUGACACUCAGGCCGAGGGUGCCCCAAGUGAGCGUCAUAAGAGCCCAAAUGGACACCAUAUACUUCGACGAGGCCAGCUUGAUGAUGGUGCAAGCGACCAUCGUGAUCAAAGCAGAGAACGACAACACAAAGGCUCACGCGAGGUUCUACAACAUGCUCUACACCCUCAGCUUCCGCAACCAGAAAAUAGCCUACUUGACGACCGAUCCCUUCGACGUCAGACCCAACCAGUCUCUGGAGCUCAACUUUGUCGCCCAGUCCCAGUCCAUACCUCUGAAUUCAGAAGAAGCUGAAGCCGUCAACUUGUCGUUGGACCGGAAAGUGGUCGAUCUCAAUCUCCGAGGGUCGACGAGAACGCGAUGGAAGGUGUGGCUCAUUGGCGCUGUUAACGAGUUGCAUAUGGAGUGCCAGCUCCAUUUGCCGGUUAAUCAAACCACCAUAUAUCCACCAGCUUGUACUUCCAGGUCUAAAUAAUUUUUUUAAAAAAAGGUCCUCUUUUUUCUUUUCAUUUUUUAUGGUGGACUUUAAAAUCAGGAUCGUCUUUCUUAAUCUCAGGUUUUUUGUUAAUAAUAUAAUAAUGCAUUAUUUAUUCUUAGAACUAUAAUUUUGAUGUGCUACUUUUUACAUGCCAGGAUAUGUAAAAGUUGGAAAUUAGUUUCUUUAAAGGAACUGAUUCUUUUCCUUUGUGUCAAGAUAAUUAUGGAUAGUUAAGUUUAUAUAA